UGAGGCACAUCUGGACAGCUGCGCUGAGGAGCUGUGCGGCCCCUUCUCGGGCCCGACGUCAGCUGAGCACGUCCCCCACGUCCUCUCCUUUCAGCCGCUUAUUAUUUAUUCAUUUACCCAAAGAAGCCACCAGGGAUCCAAGUUUAAAACUCUCCCCCUCUAAUGAGACAAGGGGCCAGAUCCCAUCCAACACACAGUUUAAUUUUAUGGGGCUCUGGGAUCAAAAGGACAGAAACAUCAACAACAAAAGCCCAGCCGCUGUCUGAUUUAAAACUGGCAAAGUGGGGAAAAAAGUGUGAAUAAGACCGAGUUGGAUCAGAACCAUUGUAAAUUCUUGGGAGAAAAGAAUUGAGAAGUUGGACUUGACAUUGAGGAAAGUGUGAAGUCAUGGGGAGUUUCAAAGGCCAUGCUGUCCCUGGCACCUUCUUCUGUCUCAUUGGUAUUUGGUGGACUGUACGAUGCAUUCUGAAAUACACUUUCAAAAAGCACAAGAGGACUUCCUUCCUGGAUUCCAAAGCAUUAUUCCAUCGAAUAGAAAUUUUGGAGGGGAUCAUAAUAGUUGGAAUGGCUCUAACUGGCAUGCUUGGAGAACAGUUUAUUCCUGGAGGACCCUAUCUGACCUUAUAUGACUAUAAAGAGGGCCAGUGGGUCCAACUCAUGGGCUGGCAUCAUUGUACCAUGUACUUCUUCUUUGGGCUAAUGGGUGUGUCAAAGAUCCUAUGUUCCACCAUCAGGUCACUUCCUGUCUCCUUAACCAAGUUAAUGCUUUCAAUUGCCUUACUUGUGGAGGCUUUUGUCUUGUACAACCACACUCAUGGCCGGGAAAUUCUGGACAUCUUUGUGCACCAGCUUCUGGUCUUGAUCGUCUUUUUGGCAGGCCUGGUUGCCUUCAUAGAGCUCUUCAUACAUGCUAAUAUAACCAUAGAGCUUCUGCGGAUUAGUCUGAUCCUCCUCCAGGGCAGCUGGUUCUUUCAGAUUGGUUUUGUCCUUUAUCCCCUCAAUGGAGGUCCUGCAUGGGAUUUAGUGGAUCAUGACAAUAUUAUGUUUCUCACCAUAUGCGUCUGUUGGCAUUAUGCAUUCACCAUUAUCAUCAUUGGAGCAAUUUAUGCCUUUGUCACCUGGUUGGUUAAAUCUCGACUUAAGAGGUCCUGCCCCUCAGAAAUUGGACUCCUGAAAAAUGCAGAACAAGAACAAGAGUCAGAAGAAGAGAUGUGAUUUUGAUGGUUGUCUAGUCUUUCUGGAUGGAAUUUUUCUUUUUUCCAAUCACUUUUAAUCAUGAUUUUUGUUAUUUCACCUUUUGUUUGGAGGACAACUGAUUACAAAUAAUUCUUGGUGUACUGUUUGUAUUUCCAAUGUUGUUGAAGUAUUUGAAUUUAAAUGUUUUAUUUUUAGGGUUGAAAAUACUUUGGAUGAUAAAUUCACUUUGUGCAUCAGCCCUGGUGCAGUGGCUCUUCCCAGGUCAUCUCAAGUUGGAUGCCCUCAUUACGAAAAAUACUUGUUUUAUUUGCCUUAUAGAUGUAUCUGCUCAAGUUUCCUGGGCUUGCUACUAUUUGUAACUCUUAAAAAUGGAUUUACACUCGUCUGUAUUGUUGCCGCAAUGAGAAAUUAAUGAAUGUACAGGUCUUGGUUCAAACACCUCAGAUAUCUAUUUUGUUAUUCAACUGUGCUCUGCCUUUGCGUCAGAAAGAAGCUUUGUGAUACUGAAGUCCCUGUUUGUGAGCCGUCUCUUUCUGUGGCACUGCUUUCUCUCCUGGGAAAAGUGAACCGGUUGUCAUCCUGAGUCGUGCACUCAUUCAGAGAUGUGUGGGCUGAUCCAUGGCUGCAAAAGGACACACGGUGGCAGAGCCCUGAGAAUUUGGGAAAGGAGAGUAAGGAUGUUAUCCAUGGAGUAAAAAGUCAUCACACAGCAUAGUAUGGCCACCAUGCCAUCCCCUCUGCUGAAAUAAUGGAAGGGUUAAAAUAAGGAAACACCCUUUAGGGAAUUUCUGGGUGAAAAUUCAGAGCCUUUACCUUACCUCGUCUGCUGUGGACUAAGUAGUCCCAGUUGAAGAGUCAAGUCUUGUUUCUAAUUCUGGCUCUCUCAUUAACCAGCCUCUGGGGAUUCACCAUUUACCCUGUCCCUCUUUCUGAAGUUAGGGGAUUGAGUUGGAGGAAUCAUGGGGCCCUCUCUGGCUGUUACGUUUUAGGAAUCUAGAAUCUCUGAGAUGAAACUGAAGCUAAUUUAGUAGGAUGUUAGUCAGAAAGGCCAGUCCUUGCUGUGAUGGAAGAGAUAAGGAGGGCUGUGGGAGCUUGUGAUGGUUGACUUGCACAUGGAGGAAAAGAGGCAGUCUAGAGGGUAGUAGGUAGCUGGAGGUGAUGCAUGGGCAAUUAAAACCUGAAGCUCCCUGGCAUUCCAGAAGCACUGACAAAUCCAGGAGUGUGGUCUUAUCACGUGCCAUUGAAAAGGAGGGUGAGUGGAUUCUUUAGACCAAAGAACUGGGCCCAUUCCUGUUUUGGUGUCAGGAUUGGAAAGAACUGAUAGAAAGGUUAAUCUUGAACCAUGCAGUAGACCUUAGUGUCUUUCUUAGUGUGUUUCUGAACUGUGAGAUGCUCACAUGCCACGGUCCCCAGGUGAUCAUGGCAGUCUGCUCAUGUGUGUGCUAUGUCUUAGGGUUUUUUCCUAGUCUAGCAAGUUUCUGUGAUUUUGACAUGUUUGUAUUUCAAAAGGGAGAGCUGUCAGCGGCAGGUACAUGAAAAUGGCAUUGCAGAUAUCUCGGCCUGAGCAGGAACUCUAAGAAUAAUUAGUUUGAACCAGAUUAAGGACAGAAUUUUGAAAACUGUGUAAAUGCAAAUAUUCUGGCAGCCUUUAUGACAGAGCAGAAACAUCCAUUCCUCCAGUCUCUCCACAGAGAGAAUACAAGUGAGAGGCACCCUUGUAAGUUCUCAGAGGAGGAACUUUGGUUCAGGUCCAAGUCUACAGUUUGGGGCUGGCUGCCUCUAGUCCCUGCAGUAAGCAAUAUGUUGAACACCAUUAUUAGAACUUUAUAGUAGCCUUCACCAAGGAAGGGGCAGGAGGAGGGCACCCUCCCUUACUUUCGUUCGUAUUUUAUCUCAACUCUUCUAACAACCUAGGGUCUCAAAUCCUGAGCUUUUGCCAGACCACUUCAUGGAUAUCCCAUGCUUUAUUUCUCAUACCAAAGUAAAGAAACUCUUUAAAUAACUCAGCGUGAUAUAAACAUUGGCUGUUGCUGUGGUUCUAGCUCCUCGGUGAUUUCUGUAAUCUCUCAAACCCUUUGCUUGAGAAACUGCAGCCUCUAAUUGCACUGACUUCCAGCUCACUGUUGAAAGGGGAGAUCAGGUUAUGACCAUCUUGGUGUCCUCCUCAUCAUUAAGUCAUCAGGGUGGGGUGAGGGGUCAUUUAUAGAGUUGUAUUGAUUGUAUCUUGGAUGUGGAUUAAUAAGGUGGUGCAGGAGUCCCUGGGGACUACAGGAACAUUUUGAAAAGCUGAGAAGUGAGAAUCCUCCCCAAUACAAGGAAUCAAUAGAUAAAAAAGUAUGAAGGAGAAGUUUGUGCACAUGGGGAAGAGAUCCGGAAAUUCUAUAUGCUGUCUAAUGUGAACUCUGGAUGGAGAAAACUGAGAGCCUGCAGGGCAUACAUGAAAUAGUAGAAAAGAAUUGACCCUAAAUAAAUGGCGAUUAAGGAAGAUUUUUGCCUUAAGCUUGGAGGAGUGCUUCAAGAGAUGUGCAGUGAAGAGAGUGACUGGGUUUCUGAUCUAAGCCAGUAAAAAUGAAAAAAGUAAGCCAUUUUUAUACUUGUAAGUUCAGUGUAUGAAAUUAUCACUCUAUUUUUAAGUCUGGCCAAUU